AUGCUGUUCAAGGCCUCUGUCGCUCUUUUCUCGUUGCUCGCGGCGUCGUUUCGUGGUGUCGCUGCAGCUCCCACUCCUUUGGUUGAAAGAGGGGAUAGCUUGAGCAUCUUAUCGUCCGCACAGGUUGAUGCCUACAACCAAUACACUCUUUUUGCAUCUGCAUCCUACUGUCCGCCAGUCCUGACAAAGGGAUGGGAGUGUGGUCCUGCUUGUAAGAAACUCGGGGGCUUCGUGACUGUCGAUAGCGGCGGAGAUGGUGCCUUUGUUCAAUACUGGUUUGUCGGCUACUAUCCCGCAUGGAACUCUGUCGUCGCCGUCUUCCAAGGAACCGAUCCAUUCAAAUUUGUUCCAUUGCUCACAGACGCCAACUUCAUCCUCACUCGGCCUGACGCUUCCCUUUUCCCGGGACUGCCCGCGGACGCAAAGGUGCAUUCCGGCUUCCUAUCGUCCUUCAAAUUAUCCGCUGCUCCUGUCAUCGCAGCGGUCCGGAAAGCCUCUUCGACGUAUGGAACAACAAAGGUCACCAUCAUCGGUCACUCUAUGGGUGCUGCAACUGGUGUUUUGACAGCAGCGAGUCUUAAGCUGAAUCUUGGUUCGACUUUUUCUUUCAAGAUUGUUGGCUAUGGAUCUCCGCGUGUUGGGAAUCCCGCAUGGGUCAGCUGGGUCGACCAGAAUCUUUCGGAUCUGGUGCACAUUAACAACAAGGAUGACCCGGUUCCUAUCCUUCCUGGGCGUUUUAUGGGAUAUGCUCACUCUCACGGUGAGAUUCAUAUCCGUGACGACAACGCCUGGGUCAAUUGCCCUGGAAAUGACAAUACCGCCCCUGGCUGUACUGUCGCCGAUGUGGGCAACGUUCUUAUCUCCAAUGUGCUCCAGCACCUCGGUCCUUACAAUGGUAUUCUUAUGGGUCUUUGUGGCCUCUCUUGA